AUGGUCAAGCUCGACACAUCGGUCAAGGCCUUCGAGAGCGACACAACCCAAGUGCAAGCAGACACGCAAAACCUCGUCACCACCAUCGACUCAGGUGUGACCACGCUCGCGGGAUCCGGAAACCUAACCCUAACCGACACCCUCGGCCUGCAGGACGUCGUGGCCUCGCUCAGCACCAUCGGCCAGACCCUGAUCACGGAUAUCGAAAGCAAGAAGUCCCAGUUCGAGGCGGCUGGCCUCUGCACCGGUCUCGAGUCCAGAAACACAGCCGUGGCCACCUCAGCCCAGGCGCUGGUCGAUGCUGUCGUCCAACAAGUUCCCGCUGAGGUGCAGGAGCUGGCUAAGCAGCUCUCCAGUGGACUCACGGACGCCCUGGCAAAGGGGGCGGCUGCUUUGGGUCCCGAUAGCUGCCAGAACUCUGGUAGUGCCACAGCCUCCGCGACCUCUCUCGGGAGCGUCAUCGCCGUUUCAUCUGCAAAGGCCGUCAUAGCCAGCUCGUCUGCGGCGGCUCUCAUCCAAACCUCAUCUGCAGUAGCCAUCGCUACCAACGUCGCCACCGUCACCGUCACGGCGCCCGCGAUUCCCAUCCUCACCACAAGUGCCAUUGCAGUCGUUACCCCGCCCUUCGCGGCGAACUCGACGUUCGCUACUCCCACCGCGACCGGGGCGCUGACGACGGGGACUUUUGUGACUAUACCCAGCGGAGCUGCUGUGGCGAAUGGUGUCGGUUCCGUCGGUGUCAUGGCUGGCCUGGCUGCUGCGUUGUUCCUGUAG